GCGUGAACGGGUUGGUUUGGCCUCGCAAUCCAUCUAAAUAAGGCCACUGCCGUUUCUCGCCAUUCACACCAACUUUUCUUUCUUUCUUUCUUACUUUCCUUGAUAAGAAGAUCUCCCCAAUUUUAGUCUCCAAAAUUUUCUCAACAGAUUUCGGGCAACCAAACACCCACCACGCAACGCAACAAACCAAAGAUACAGGCCUUUUCUUUCCUUUUUCUAUUUCUCUCUCUAGCCUUCCAAUGCCAAAUAUUUUAGUCAGAAUUUUCCUUAUAUAUAACCUUCUCAAUUCGCUCCUCCUUUCUUUGGUGCCCAAGAAGCUAAUCCCUUUCUUACCUUCUUCUUGGUUCCACCAAACACCACCAUUGGUGACCGUACAAUCAUCGGCACUCGCUACGCCCAGCAGCAACAAGAAAAACAAGAUCGUGAGAAUGGAGCAGACGGAGCUGAGUCGCGUGUUCCAAAUGUUCGACCGGAACGGAGACGGACGAAUCACGAAGAAGGAACUGAACGAUUCGUUGGAGAAUUUAGGUAUCUUCAUCCCUGAUAAGGAGCUGUCUCAGAUGAUAGCGAAGAUCGACGCCAAUGGCGAUGGGUGUGUCGACAUGGAGGAGUUCGGCGAGCUGUACCGAUCGAUCAUGGACAACCGAGAGGCCGAGGAUGAUGACAUGAAGGAGGCCUUUGAUGUGUUCGAUCAGAAUGGAGAUGGGUUCAUCACCGUCGAUGAGCUCAGAUCGGUGUUGGCUUCCCUUGGACUUAAGCAAGGGAGGACCGUAGAGGAUUGCAAAAAGAUGAUCAUGAAGGUUGACGUGGACGGUGAUGGCAGGGUUAAUUACAAGGAAUUUAGGCAGAUGAUGAAAGGUGGUGGCUUUAGUGCUUUGAGUUAGAUUUUUUUUUUCUUUUUUAAAAGUUCGGGAGGGGUGGGGAAACUUGGGGUUUGGGGGGGAGGAUUUCAAUUAGGACACCUUUUAUUUUUUUGGUUUUUUUCUAUUAAUUUCUCUGUAAAUAUUUUUGGAGAAGUUGUUUUAAUUUAUUGUGUUUUGGUGAUUCUCAUUUCUACGUGGCUUAAUCCCAUUGGUUGGAAUCUGAGCAUAUAUAAGAAAAAUAGGGCAAGGCAAUGGAGCUGCUAAUUAUGAAGCUUGUAACUUUAUCCUUCGGAAACAAGAGAGAAAGGAAAGAAAAGAGUUAAAAAGGAGACAGAAACAAAAACAAAAAGAAAAGUGUUUGUUUUAUGGGCAAGUAAUUGUUGUGAUUUUUUCUUUUUCAUCUUUGAAUUGUAAUGGUUUUGUUCAUUAAUGAUGUGAAUUUAAUUACUUGGAGUAUUAUAAUACCGUUGACUUAGAAAAUGUAGUUUCUAUUUCUACCUCUGCUUCCUAUCUAAUGUUGGUAGCUGGUGGCUACCACUACAAUGCGUGUAUUCACCUAAUGUGUUCCAUUGAAAAAUAAAUGGAGCUAUGAUUUGUGGUAGACUGAAAUAAUAUAAUGAAUUUGUUGGCUAUA